AUGGACGGUGUCAGAGGCCAUGCACUCUUACUUCCUUUUCCUGCUCAGGGACACAUAACUCCCAUGAUGCAAUUAGCCAACAUUCUCGUUGCCAACCAUAUUGUUGUAACCUUUGUUAACACAGAAUUUAUAGAGAAGCGGUUGAAACAUAAGUCUACUGACUACCUGAGGUUCCAGAGCUUCCCAGACGGUCUUCCGCCCGAUCAUUUGCGUACUUUGAAGGUGCCGGAGCUUUGCGAGUCUCUGCAAAAGCAUGCCCCAUUUCAUGUGGAGAAUAUUGUUGAAAAGAUUAUGCAAGCCGACAGUGUGCCACCGCUAACAAUUAUCGUUGCAGAUGGAGCAUUCUCUUUCACUCAAAAGAUCGCCGACAAAUUUAGCGUGCCCAGAGUUGCCUUCUGGACGACUAGUGCCUGUGGUUUCUCUGCUUACUAUUACAUGCCUCUCCUCAUUGACCAAGGUUAUAUCCCACUCAAAGAUGAUAGAGGAAGCUGCAAGAACGAUGUCAUCACUUGUAUUCCUGAAAUGGAAGCUCUGCGUGUGAAAGAUUUACCCAGCUUUCUCACAGUAACCGACGCUGCCGAUUAUAUGUUUCAGUACCUGCUGAGGGAGGGGCAAAACACUCUCCAGGCUUCCUUAGUUUUGCUUAACACCUUUCAAGAGUUAGAAGGACCCGUGCUGAACGAUCUGAAUGCUAAAUUCAAAAAUAAAGUGCUCUCUAUCGGUCCUCUUUUGCUCAGCUCUGCAGGCUAUGGCGAUGCGCUUGCGGACAUGACAAACAGCAGCAUAUGGAAAGAAGAAAAGUCGUGUCUGGAGUGGCUGGAGAAGCAAAAGGAAUCAUCAGUGAUAUAUGUGUGCUUCGGAAGCAUCACUGUGUUAUCAGAUGAAGAGCUUGUGGAGUUCGCGUGGGGAUUGGAGGCAAGCAAUCAGCCAUUCUUGUGGGCUAUCCGUCCUGAUCUUCUCCAAGGAAGCUCUGCCGUGCUGCCUGAUGACUUUGUGGAGAGAACGAAGGAGAGAGGCUUUUUCGUUAGCUGGGCACCACAAAGUAAGGUUCUGUCUCAUCCCUCUGUGGGAGGGUUUCUUACGCACAGUGGAUGGAACUCGACCCUCGAAAGCAUAAGCUCGGGCGUGCCCAUGAUAUGCUGGCCCUUCUUUGCAGAGCAACCAACAAACAGGAGAUUUGUAGAUGAUGUUUGGAAGGUGGGUUAUGAGAUGAGGGAAAAUGUUGUAAGAGAAGAGGUGGAAGCGUUGGUGAGGAAGUUGAUGAAUUUGGAGGAAGAGCAAGGCAGAGAUAUGAGAUUUCGACUGAAAAAGUUCGAAGACAAUGCGAUUGCUUCUGUCAAAGCGGGCGGAGCUUCUUACAAGAAUAUGCAGGAAUUUUUAAGGCAGAUGGAGAAGAAGAUAGGCAGCUGAAGCUCUCCUCUUUGCUUUGGAUUCUCUAUUGUCUUGUGGAUCACUUGUUGUUUUCUUUUUGAUGACUUGUUUAAAGUCUACAUGAUAGAGGAGGAAUCGGA